GGCACGAUGGCGAUCGAUACGGCAGUAAAAUGUUCAAAGUGAGAUAUUUUGGGAAAAGCUCGACAUGCACAGGGAGAGAAACGUGAUCAGCGAGCUGACUGGCUCAACGAGAGACAAGCAUGAAACCUGACAUCAAAUGUAACGUCAAGGCCCGAAGAGCCAGUCCACCCGCAGAGGACCACAUCGAGGCCUGAACGCCAGAAUGACCUAUACAGAUCUUUAACAGCGUCCCACCAGCAGGAGCAGGAGGUGGAAACAAAAGCAGCACACAUGUCCUGUGUGUCCUGAGGAUGCUUCUUUGUUUGUAUCAAGGUUGCAUCAGAGUCUGAAGCAUUAUCCAGGAAUGAGCCUCUGCUGAGUCAAAGAAAGAAACCAUGGAUAUUUCCAUGGAAGACCAACUGUCGGAGGACAAAUUGAUGUGUAUACCACAACAAUAAUCAAACAUACCUUCUUCUGGGCUGACGUCCUUUGAUGACAGUUGCAAUGGCUUUUUGUAAUGAAAGCCUGCUGGAGGACUGCAGCUUCAUCGGGCCGGACGGUGUAGAGGAAGCAGCAGAAAGUCUCCCAUCAGAAGCUUCAACUCCCCUCAUAUCAGUCACUCUUCGUGUGACCCUGGCAGCCAUAAUGAUCUUCAUGAUUACUAUUGGUUUCCUGGGCAAUGCGAUCGUGUGUCUGAUUGUUUACCAGAAACCUGCCAUGCGUUCUGCCAUCAAUCUCCUCCUCGCCACGUUGGCCUUUUCGGACAUUAUGCUCUCUUUGCUCUGCAUGCCGUUCACUGCGGUCACCGUGGCCACCGCCGACUGGAGCUUUGGAAGCGGGUUCUGCCGAGUGUCCAUCAUGUUGUACUGGCUGUUUGUCCUGGAGGGCGUGUCCAUACUCCUCAUUAUCAGUGUGGACCGAUUCCUCAUCAUUGUGCAGCGGCAGGAUAAGUUGACCCCACACAGAGCUAAACUGUUGAUUGCAGGUUCCUGGGUGCUGAGCCUCUGUGUGUCUCUGCCGUCUGUAGUCGGGUGGAGGACAGGUGCAGCAGGUGUUGGGGGUCCCUGGGCGCCGCAGUGUGUGCUGGGAUACAGUGAUUCUCUGGCAGACCGUGGAUACACUGUGUUGUUGGCGGUAGCGGUAUUCUUUGUACCGUUCGCUGUCAUGCUGUACUCUUACAUGUGCAUCUUCAACACAGUGCGCCGCAACACCCUGCGCAUCCACAACCACACCAGUGAGCAUUCCUGCCUGCCAGCCCUCAACCAAGUCAGCAAAAUGAGACUGACUGGGCUGCAGCGGCCCCCUCAGAUCAAGGUGGACAUGAGCUUCAAGACCCGAGCCUUCACUACCAUCCUCAUCCUCUUUGUCGGCUUCUCGGUGUGCUGGCUGCCGCACACCGUGGUCAGCUUGCUGGCCGUGUUCAGUCGGCAGUUCUACUACAGCUCUGUGUUCUACCCAAUCAGCAUAGGAGCGCUGUGGCUCAGCUACCUGAAGACGGUCUUCAACCCCGUCAUCUACUGCUGGAGGAUCAGAAAGUUCAGGGAGGCUUGUCAGGAGUUCAUACCCAAGAGCUGCAGACUGUGUCCCAGAGUGCCAGGCAGGAGCCGCAGGAGAGUGAGGCCAAGCAACAUCUACGUGUGCAGUGAGACUCAGUCAGCUGUGUGAAACAAGAUGCACAAACCAGCAGCCGAUGACACUGCUAUUAACUCUUUUUAAGACUUACAUUUAUUCACAAUAACCAUCAGAGAUGCCUAAAGCUCACCUGGAAAGAAUAUACUGGUCAUUGACAAAUAAUCGCACAAGAAUUAACUUUUGUCUCAAAUUUUAAGCCAACAUGGAUGAGAAGUCCUUGAAGAGAUAUAUUUUAGAUUUUUUGAAUUGGGUUGGACGUACUUAUUCAUAGCCAGCAGGAGCAUCCUGUGGACAGGGGAUUGAACAUUGAAACUGUUUUCUAUGCUCUCUUGAAAGCGACCAGACUCCUUCAACAGAAACAGUCAUUUUACUAUACAGAGCACAGGAUUUGCUGGUUUAGCACUGCCCUGAUUAUUGAGUUAGUUUGCUUGUGUAAUUGGGUGACUUUGGUGUCAAACAACAACAAACGUACCGAUCAAAGCUGUAGUAGACCAGCAACUCCCGUCUUCUGCAAUAUGAAAUUACUUUUUAUCAAAGCAGUCUGAUGGCUAUGAAAGGGCCAGAUAACAGCGUCAGUUCCUUGUUGGAAAGGGUUGUCUGACAGAAAGAUAAAGUGGUGAAAUAAUCCAACUAUAUAAAUAAAACUAUAUCUAAAUAUGUGUACAGUUAAAUGUAUAUGGAAUCUUUUUUAGUUAAAUUACAUUUGGUCCACAGCAGUGCAUUGUUCAGCUUCUGUGCUGGUACUCCUGCCCGCUUCUCCAAAAUGGGGGUGUGCUGACCACCAUCUACAGUAGGUAAUACACUGACUAUGAAUAAGUAUCGCAUACAGCCCCAACUCAAAAAAUCCAAACCAUCGCUUUCAAGAGAACAUAAACAAUUCUGUGACAGCUAAACAACUCCCCAUCUGUGAGGAAGGCCACACGAAACAAUCGAAAACUCCAGAACACCUACUAAAUGGACCUUGUGGUGGGAUGAUUAUUUCUGCUUUACUAUCAAUCAUCAUCAAUAUCAUCACAAUUACAGUUUCAAAAACAUCUUAACAAUUUCAUAUCCUCCAUUGUCAGUUUACUUCUCCGUUUCAUGUUUUGUCCCUGAAUCCUUCUUCAGACUGUAGACUUAAUCUGCAGGCUUUGAGUCGUGGUGGUGAAAAUAAUUCUGUUGUCAGUUAUGUGAUGAGUUUCUCAAAGAAAGCAUAAAAGGUAUUAAUGUUCUCAGAGGAAAGUGUGUAAGCUUUCAACCGACGUCUUUUUUUUUUUUUUAAAAAGUGUAAAAAAAACAACCUUGUGUGAGUUGAAACUGUUAUUUAAAACCACAAAUGUGUCCACAAGGACGUGUGUCAGUUAUUGAGCUGUGAAUGUUUACUUGAAUGUAUUAUAUUUUCAUGAAUAACAAAACCAGGUAUAAAAAUACAGUUUUUAAAAGAAGAUGUA